AUGAGCAGAGCCCGCGACCGCCGUGAGCCCGUGAUUCAUUGAACAAACACAUCAUCCAUCCCAAUUCCCAGCCCAAGUUUCUCUCUCUUAUCUCUCUCACUCUCUCUCUCUCUCCCCCGCGGCCGAAAACUCGACGCCGUUCUCUUUCUAACUCCUUACUUUCUCUUUCCCGUCGCCUCAAUUUCUCUCGCGAAACAAAUCCGUCAAACCGCCUUCUGUAGAUCGCGAUACCUGCAAUGGAUUCCUUCCCAUAACCCUAGUCACUCCCUUUUUCCCUUGGUCUCCGAUCAAUCCAGCCGUUUGAACGAUUUAGUAAUGGACGGUGAAGUCCAAAAAGGAGAAAGUCCAGGCGCUCCGGCCAGCGGUGCUGGCGGCGGCGGCGGAGACGUAGCGAAGGCACCGGUGGCGCCGAUGGCUGCGCAGUCGAACGCGCCGCCGCCGUUCCUCAGCAAGACGUACGAUAUGGUGGAUGACCCGGCCACCGACUCCGUGGUGUCGUGGAGCUCGACGAACAACAGCUUCGUGGUGUGGAAUCCGCCGGAGUUCGCUCGGGACCUGCUCCCCAAGUAUUUCAAGCACAACAACUUCUCCAGCUUCGUUCGGCAGCUGAAUACAUACGGAUUUCGAAAAGUAGACCCAGAUAGGUGGGAAUUUGCAAACGAGGGUUUCUUAAGAGGACAAAAGCAUCUCCUCAGGACCAUAACCCGGCGGAAACCAGCACAAGGUCACACCCAACCACAACCCCAGCCCUCCCACUCCCAGACCUCAUCUGUUGGUGCUUGUGUCGAGGUUGGGAAAUUUGGGCUUGAGGAAGAAGUCGAGCGGCUCAAGAGGGACAAAAACGUACUUAUGCAGGAACUUGUCAGGUUAAGACAGCAGCAACAGGCUACCGACGGGCAGUUACAGACCAUGGUGCAGCGGCUUCAAGGAAUGGAGCAGCGACAGCAGCAGAUGAUGUCGUUUUUGGCAAAGGCUAUGCAGAGCCCCGGGUUCUUGGCCCAGUUCGUACAACAGCAGAAUGAGAAUAAUCGGCGCAUAUCCGAGACCAACAAAAAACGGAGGCUCAAGCAAGAUGGAGUCACGGAUAAUAAUGAGCCUUCGAGUGUUCCUGAUGGCCAGAUAGUUAGGUAUCAGCCAUUGAUGAAUGAGGCAGCGAAAGCCAUGAUGAGGCAGAUCAUGAAAGUUGAUUCUUCUUCCAGGUCAGUAUCUUAUGGAAAUUCGGUGUGUGCAUUGGACAACGGAAACUCUCCUGCGCGUAUAUCCGGCGUUACUCUCCAAGAGGUUCCACCAGUUUCUGGACUCUCAGGGAAUAGUCCUGUUGCCAUGGUAUCUGAAAUACAAUCAUCUCCCUCUAUUACGAGUUGUGAAAGCACUAUUGCAGCAUCUCAGUUCCCAGAGGCAGCUUCUAUUCCCAUGAUUCCCGAGCUUUCUCAAAUUCCGGAAAUGGUACCCCAAAGUACAACUGAUCUUCCGGUGGAUGAUUACAUGGAACCAGAUACAGGAAACGAUUGCUUUAUACCAUCGUCAUUGGAUAUGAAUGGAGCAAUGCAGACAUUCGAUCUAGGUAACAUUCAUCUUGAUCCUGACGAUAGUCUUGAUGCGCUGCUGGCUCCAGGGUUCUGGGAUGAACUGAUCGUGCAAAGCCCGGUUCCCGACGAUAUUGAGUCGAGUUCCAUGGAUGCCAAGACUGAGCAUAUGGACCAGCUGACUGAGCAAAUGGAGCUUCUCUCGUCAGAGGCCAAGAAGCUGCUUUAGUUGGGUUUUUACCACUGCUCCAUCAUAUGGCUUUCCUCCUCAAUCGUUGAAGGUAAAAUGUUUUGCAACUUGUGGCACCAAGGAAACAGCCAUUGGAGAGGUCUUGUACUGUUUCUACCCCAGUGGCUAGUCAAUUCUGCACAUAUAGAAGAAAUAUGAAAGUAGUGCAGAAAACCGAACCCCGUGUGAUAUCGAAAGUCCCGCUCUCUUGUGUUCCUUUUGAGACAGCCAUUGGAUCUGCAAGUUUUUUAGUCUGAAAUAGCUCUACUGUCAUGCAUGUCUUUCCAGUUUCCUGGAAUUGAUUUCUCUGUAAUCGUCCCGGGUAGAUCUGGAUUAACAUAACCAUCUCUUAUUAGGAUGAAGCCUUGCUUUGAAUUGGUUGGAGUGUUAUGUUAAUCCAGUUUGCGGUCCUUGUUACCUGAAAUUUCAGCCGUGGUUCUGGGGAUGGGAAGUGUCAUGUACAGAUAAUACCGUGUGUUCCAAGGUUCCCGUAAUGUAUGUCUUUUCUGUCUAGCUUAUAGGUGGUGGUUCAGUGUAGUGAUUUCUUAACUAAAUUGAUUUUGAAGUUAGGGUUUGAGUGUUUGGUUGCAAUUUAUGUUCAGUUGAGAUGGUAAUAGUCUAAUAUUGAGAUAAAGCCACAGAUUUACUCCUACGAACUCUUCUGAUAAUAGACAGCGCUAAACUAAGC